CUCUGGGGGGGGGCCAGGCAGCCGGUCCCAUGGGGAGUCUCAGCUGCCUGCUGCCCACCCUGCUGCUGCUGCUGCCCCUGCUGGGAGGUGCCACAGCGUUCCAGUCAACCUGUGGGCAGCCAGUGGCCUCCAAACGCAUCGUCGGGGGCCAGGAUGCCCAGAGCGGGGAAUGGCCCUGGCAGGCCAGCAUCCGGUACAAGGGAUUCCACGUCUGCGGCGGGGCGGGUCCCUCGUCACGGAGGAAUGGGUGGUGUCUGCAGCUCAUUGCUUCGAUCCGCGUCUGUCCCUCUCCGCUUACUCCAUUUCCCUGGGGGAAUUCCAGCUGAGUAACCAAAAUGCCAACGCCUUCACCACGGCUGUGGCCCAGGUCAUCAUCCACAGUGAAUACGACCCAGUCACCUUCACCUCCGACAUCGCCCUGGUCCGGCUACGCACGCCCCUCCACUACACCACCCACAUCCUGCCCGUCUGCCUCCCGCGCAGCAGCGACACCACCGCCAACGGCACCCUCUGCUGGGUCACCGGCUGGGGCAAUGUGCUGUCCAACGGGCGGGAACCCUUGGUUCAGCAUCCCCCAUCGCCAUGGAAAUGCAGCAGGUUCAAGAUGGACCCAGUCCCAGGUGGCCGGGUCACAUGUCUGUCCAGGACCAACCGGAGUUUGGGUUUACAGGGCAACGACGCCCAUUCACAACGCGUCGGUUUGAGCACCGCGUCGUUAUGUCUCCAGCGCAUCGCUAACGACCCUCAUUAGCGCUCACGGAACUAUGAACAGCUCCCCCCUCCGUACGUCUCGCUUCUCCCCCGGGCCCCGCAAU